UUCAACAUGGCCGCCGUCGUGGCGAAGGUUGUUUUUCCAGUUAUUCGUAACUCGUGUCGAAGGUCUGGUGCGUUAUUUGUGAUCUCGUUUAGAAACCGCAUUCAUACCAGAACGUUUUCACAAAGGAAAUUGGAAACUGUUGGUAAAUUAGAGUCACCCAAAGACCAAGGCAAAUAUGUUACAGGCCAAUUAUUUCUUCACAAAGUGUUUGGAUAUAGAGGUAUAGUUUUAUUUCCAUGGCUUGCAAGGCUUUAUGACAGAGACAUUGGAACUAAAGAGGAUAGGCCUGUGGAUGGAAACAUUGACAAUGUACAUGCUGGCAAUAAGGAAGUACGAGGUAAAACACAUACAUAUUACCAAGUGCUGAUUGACUCCAGAGAUUGUCCAUUUAUUAGAGCACAGACAGAAGCUGUAACUUUCUUAGGAAACCAAGAAAAUAGUCGAUCACUCUAUGCAAUACCAGGUCUAGACUAUGUUGCACAUGAAGAUUUACUGCCGUACUCAUCUACUGAGAGAAAUCCAAUAUUUCAUGAGUUAUUUGAUAGAUUCCUCCAAUAUGAAAGCGGACAUGAUCCACCAUUUUCACCGAAAGAGACUUUACGAGCUUGGCAAGAAAAAAACCACCCUUGGUUAGAACUUUCUGAUGUCCACAGAGAAACCACAGAAAAUGUUAGAGUGACUGUAAUCCCAUUUUACAUGGGUUGUAGGGAAUCCCAGAAUUCACAUGUGUAUUGGUGGAGGUAUUGUAUUAGACUAGAAAACUUAGGUGAGGACACUGUGCAAUUACGUGAGAGGCACUGGAGAAUAUUCAGCUUAUCUGGAACAUUAGAAACAGUGAGAGGGAGAGGGGUUGUUGGCCAGGAACCUAUUUUAUCAAAAGAGCAGCCGGCUUUUCAGUAUAGUAGUCAUGUUUCAUUACAAGCCCCUAGUGGUCAUAUGUGGGGUACAUUCAGAAUGGAGUUGCCAGAUGGUCACUCAUUUGAUUGCCGUAUUCCACCAUUUUCAUUAGAAAGUAAACAAGACGACGCUUCAAAUCCACAUGGUUUCUUUGGAUGAAAGUGAUGUAUGAUAUAUAUUUAUUUACGCAAAUAGGAAUAACAAAUAUUGAUUGGAAGAUGUGGAUUGGAAAUUGGAGAAUUUCAACUGUCAGUUUAAUUAUACUUCAGCAUUUGAAUUUUUUAUGAAUAUAGUAGAGGAUGAGUGUAGAUUCACAGCCUGCUCUCUUGUUUGGACUCAUUUUGAUACAUUGUUAAAUAAGACAAGAAUUAGAUUUUCUUUUCUUCUUUUUGUAGUAUAUUGGAUUGCCUGGAAGUAGGGGGGGGGAC